UAACAACUUUCCACAACUCAAAAUCUUUAGAUCCAGUUGAAGGAAAAGAGGGAGGCUAUUAAUACUUAAGAAUGUCAAGUGUAGCUUGCUUAAACCGUGAAUCCAAAUCUGACUUGCGUAGAAAUGUUGCAGAUUAUCAACCUAGCGUUUGGGGAGAUUAUUUCAUUCAAUAUGCUUCAGAAUCUAUGGAACUUGAUGAAAAUAUUAAGGUACAAAUUGAAACCCUAAAAACCGACGUGAGAAAGAUGCUUGUCUCAAAGAGUGAGAAACCCUUGGCAAAAGUUCAUUUGAUUGAUUCGAUAUGCCGUUUGGGUUUGAACUAUCAUUUUGAAGAUGAGAUUGAUGAGAUUUUGCAAGAUAUUCACAAGAAUUAUGUUCAAAAUGGAGAAAUAAUUACUUUUGAAGACAACCUUUGCUCUCUUGCUGUGCUAUUUAGGUUGUUGAGGCAACAAGGACUUCACGUUUCACCAAAUGUAUUCUACAAAUUCAAGGAUGAUCAAGGAAACUUUAGUGAAAGACUUAUCAGGGAUGUUGAGGAGAUGUUAUGCUUGUAUGAAGCCACACAUGUCAUGAUUCACGGAGAGGGUAUUUUGGAAGAGGCCUUGGCUUUCACUACCACUCACCUUGAGUCCAUUGCCAAGCAAUUGAGUCAUCCGCGUGCAGUACAAGUCAAACAUAGCUUAAGGCAAGCUCUCCACAAGAAUUUGCCUAGGUUAGAGGCACGACGCUACAUUUCCAUAUACGAGCUAGAUCCUUCGCGUGAUGAAAAUUUACUCAUUUUAGCUAAAUUGGAUUUCAACAUACUCCAAACCCUACAUCAAAAGGAAUUUGGUAACCUUUGCAAAUGGUGGAAGGAGUCAGGUGUGUGUAAUAAGCUGCCGUUUGCACGAGAUAGGAUAGUUGAAAGUUGCUUUUGGUCUUUGGGUGUAUAUUUCGAGCCCAAAUAUUCUAAAGCAAGAGAAAUGAUGACAAAAUUAUUUGUCAUAGCAACUGUCAUAGAUGAUGCCUAUGAUGCAUACGGAACCAUUGAUGAAUUAGAACUUUUUACAGACGCAAUUGAAAGGUGGAAUAUUAACUGCAUAGAUAAUCUUCCGGAUUAUAUGAAGAUUCUUUAUACAACCACCUUAGAACUUUAUGAAGAAAUAGAGCAAGAAAUGAGGAAUGAAGGGAGAGUAUAUGCCCUAAACUACUACGUCAAAGAAUUCAAAAAAUACCUUCAAGCUUAUAUGACUGAGGCAAGAUGGUUAAACAAAAAAUAUAAACCAACAUUAGAAGAAUACAUUCGCAUAUCAAUAGAAUCAUCUGGUUAUGCACUGGUGACCACAACUUCUUACAUUGGUAUGGGAGCCACAGCCACAGAAGACAUCUUCAAGUGGAUAUCAAAUGAGCCAAAAAUUCUUAAUGCUUCUGUUGUACUUUGCAGGCUAAUGGAUGACAUUGUGUCCAAUGAGUUUGAACAAAAAAGAGAACAUGUUUCCUCAUUCCUGGAGUGUUAUAUGAAAGAAUAUGAUGUGUCUAGGGAAGCUGCCAUUCAAGAAGGCCGAAAGAGAAUUCUUGAUGCUUGGAAAGAUAUAAAUGAAGAAUGUCUUAUGCCAACUGAAGUUCCUAUGAAUUUUGUGAGACGCAUUUUAGACCUAUCGCGUUUUAUGGACGUAGUUUAUAAAGAUAAAGAUAACUUCACUCACACUGAAGGAGAAAUGAAGACAUUCAUUAAAGCUUUGCUUGUAGAUCCAGUGUUAAUUUGAUCAUUAAUUUUAGUAUUUUAUGCAUUGUAUUUUAACUUUUAAAUAAAGAAAACAUGCAUUGUGUGAAGUUUGUUUUGUUGAAUUGCAAGAAAGAUGUAAUCAUAUUGUUCUGCAUAUCUAAAGUUUAAUUGGAUUUAAUGUUUCAAUUUUAUGCAUUUCUAAAAUA